CGAGCGAGAUCACGGGCACACUUCCACAGAUCUCACAGGCGCUUGCAUCAACACAUUUGUAAUAAUGUGAUUCUUUCUAUGUGGAUGGCUGGUGCUUUGCCCAAGAUACGCUAUGAGACAUCACAAUUGCAAGGUGUGUUUGUUGUGGACUUGUGGUUUCUGAAGCGCCGUAGUUUAAAUAGGACGCAACAGUCGGACGAACGCUAGAAUUAUUUCCUACUCUCAACAUCCGUCUCCAACAUUUCAACCUCCUUGAAGCUUGCGUUAACAUGCAACAGUUUAACUCAAACGCCGAUUCAUCAGCAGUGUCAGACACCAGUGCCAUGCAGGACAUUCAGUCAGAUGUAGUCAUGCACGAUAUCUCAAGCCAAACGGGUGUCAGCUAUCGUUACCGACAACUCGUCGAAGAGACCAGGAUCGUGCAGUCUAACGAUCCAUAUGGUGUAUUUUCAUCGGCUAUUUGGCGCUUGCCCACGGAAAUCCUCGCUCGAAUUUUCCUAUACUGCAUCCCAGAAGAGGGAAACUGGGUGCCCUCACCAGAUGUGGCCCCCUUGCAGUUGACAAGAGUAUGUCAACGAUGGCGGGAGAUUGCUGUGGACAUGCCAAGUCUAUGGUGCAGGCUGCGAUUGGAAGUCGGGGACGGUAACUGGCAACAGAGAGCUUUCUGCUAUGACUCCUACCUCAAGCGAUCUCGAGGAAGUAAGCUGUCGUUGACACUCGAGUGUCAUAACAGUGACUGGAUGGAGCUACAAAGUCUGCUUCAGCCAUACGUCGAUCAAAUCUCGCGGCUGUCUGUUGGAUUUUUCUCCGGCGCCGGCUCCUUGCCGAUGGCAGACUUUCGCGGACUUUCGGAACUGGUUAUAUACACGGGCGGUGCUGCUACUGUACCAGCCGUUAUGCACUCUAUCGCGCAAUUGCCGCCCACCAUGCGUAGUCUCAAGCUAAUGGACCUGUGGUGUGACCUUACGGUAUUACACGCCGUCAAAGAUCUCGGAUGGGCCAGUCUCAUAAAUCUUGAGAUCGUGGUUGACAAGCUAGAUUCCUUCGUCCGCUUGCUUGCCCUGUGUCCCAACCUAUCGUCUUUGACGAUGAUUGGAAUGUUCACGAGGAUUGAGACCUCGGAAGCAUUCGCGCACCCCAAACUUCAAUACUUGCGCAUAUCCGGACAUUUGAAUUUGGACUCGAUCGUAGAUCUUGGCUUAUUUAACGCCGUCACGCUCCCCAAUCUACGCGGAAUCGAGGUUCGCAAUAUAGGCCAAUGGCCUCACGAACAAUUCAAUGCGUUCGUGACACGGUCACAGUGUCCUCUGGAGGCCUUGAUCUUUGGCGGUGGAGUGAUGACCACGGAUCAACAGUUGGCAGAAUAUGCUACGCUUUUUCCUUCCCUUUACUUAGUGAAAGAUCCUACGCGUUCCAAAUUUUACUUUUAACUUUGCUACUUAUGUACAUAGAUGAUAACGCCAAUAUGUAGUAUAGCCUAUACGUAGCCGCUGGUCGACUUGUAGUUCAAAUGAUAUUAUGUGCCCUCGUGUGCAA